ACGUAUUUCUCUGUCAACUCAACGUUUAGCUGCGCCACUGUUUCUGUCACGACCAGUCGACAGAUCCACCCACCCGCGACGUUUUUCUGGAGCGAGUAAGAUAAAGCUAAAGCUUAUUGUGAAAUAUUUAGUGGCAGGCCUAGGCUAUAGGACUUUAUGGUGUUUCUUUAGUAAUGAGGUUACUACGAAAAUUGUAGGCGUAUCUAAGAACCAGUCCAAAACACAAAAGGAACGGAACAAGGAUAUCCACUCAUUCUCAGACUUGCUGUGAAAGCAGGUUAUUUGAGGAUCAAACGACAGACCAUGGAAGAUAGCCCUCAGCGGGCCUUGCAAGGCCUGGGCUCCUUCCCGUGGUAUGUGGGGGGGACUCAGGUUCUGGGCCUGGCCUGUGUGGUGAUCACGGGCGUGUGGAUGGGCAGCUAUCACGGAGGCUACGCCUGGGACGGUUCGGGACAGGAGUUUAAUGUACAUCCCCUCUGCAUGGUCCUGGGCCUGGUCUUUCUCUAUGGAGAUGCGAUCCUGGUGUACAGAGUAUUUAGGAAUGAAAGCAAACGCAACGUCAAGGUUCUCCAUGCUGUGCUCCACCUUCUCGCCCUCAUUAUCAGCGUAGUGGGUAUCGUGGCUGUGUUUGACUUCCAUAAUCAUAACAAGAUCCCCAACAUGUACUCCCUCCACAGCUGGUGUGGCAUGCUCACCUUUGUUCUCUUCUGUGUACAGUGGCUGAUGGGGCUUGGUUUCUUCCUCUUCCCUGGGACGUUAAUGGCGCUGCGGAGCUGGUACCUGCCACUACAUGUCUUCUUUGGCCUGGCCAUGCUCGCCAUGUCCCUAGCCACCUGCCUACUGGGCAUUUCAGAGAAAUUGUUCUUCAGUAUCCAACACACAUAUUCACAGUUUGUCCCAGAGGGGAUCCUUGGUAACAUGCUAGGACUGCUGCUAGUAGCAUUUGGGAUUCUGGUAGGCUACGUGGUGACACGGGAGGACUUCAGGAGACCCCCGCACCCAGAGGAAGAGGCCUUAUCUGUGCACUUUAAGACCCUGACUGAGGGGGGAGUGAGCCCCACCUCACCUUAAACCAGGAAACACUCUGGUCUGAAAAGCUACUGUGUGCUCAGGCUUUUAUAAAAAAAUAAGCUGGUGUAUGAGAGCUGGGCUGGAACAAAAGCCUGCACACCCAGUAUCUCUCCAGGACCAGCUGGAAUCUGGCUGAUAUGCUGUCUUUAUUUCAUGUCACAUCAAGAGCUGUUCUACACCCCCUUGUGGUGAAAUGGAGGUAUGACAGGACUGAUUUGACCAAUGUAUUUGAUUGCUGCCACAGAUUAGCCAUCACAAAAGUGCAAUAUUAGGGCUCUAUAAACUAAAAUAGCCUUUGCUAAAUGUUCAGUGAGGACAACGCCAUGUGUCAUGCCUUCAUCUAGGGCAGUAGGGUUAUACUUUGUUUAACAAGAAGUAACUUCCAGUAUUACAAACUCGACUUCCAAGCUUGUGAAGUAGUUGCAGUUCGUUGUGACAAAAUAUUGAAUUAAUCUGUUGGCAGUGUUGAAUUUAUGAUAAAGGACCAAAAGGAUGCACAAAGUUGUGACUGAACGAUGCCUGGAUUUUUGGGGUUGAAUUACCCUUAGGCACUCUUGAAGCAGUUUCUUCACCAUUCCUUAUGUUUGGCUGGGUUGAAUUUUCACCAUUGAUUCAGGGUUUCCCCAACAGUCUCCCCGGCCCCCCCCCCCACCCCGGAAGUUUCAUACUUUAGUUUAACCCUAAACCUGACUCAAUUAGUCAAAGGCUUGAUGGCUACUUGAAUCAGGUGUGCCAGUUAAAACAAAUGUGAAACGUCUGGGGGGCUCUAGGAGAGAGUUGGGAAACCUGCUACCACCUAUCCAAUAGUUUCAGGGCCCAGUUUUUCAGACCAGAUCUUGGCAAUUGGAUUAAAUCUUAGCAUUGGGUAUUUCAAAACAAAAUUACCCAAUCAAAUUCUCAAUCAAGGAUAAAUGUUUUUCAAGACUGAAAGUAAGUGAUUAGGAUACUCUGUAGAGCAUUGCGCUUGCAGGAUAGUGGGUUCGAUUCCCGGGACCACCCAUAUGUAAAAAAUGAAAUCAAAUGUAUGCACUCAUAACUAAGUCGCUUUGGAUAAAAAGCAUCUGUAAAAUGGCAAAUUUUGAUCACACUUGAAGGGUGGAAGAUAUUUCAAGGUGGGGAGGUUUAAAUGUUCUUACAUCUUAAAGGUUCAUUGUGUUAAAUCGACUGCAGUAUAGGUAUGUGGUCAGCUAUAUUGAGAAGUGUCAAAUAAAUGCAUGUUCUUUUGUGA